AUGGCCUGGAUUAUCCUUACACUUAUUACACUCAUCCUCAUCGCAACCGCCGAAAGAGUCCCUAGAGAGGUCAAAUGGUCAGAUGAUACAUACGGACCCGACGGUCCCUGGCGUGCUGUCGACGUCCAAAUGGGAUACAACGACAAAUCCAUCGCCCUAUAUCCCGGUGGUACAUGGGAGACCUGGUUGAUCAGCGACGACUACUGCGAGAGAGGGACCUGCUAUGCUUCAAAGGCGGGAACUUACGACAAACGCACAGGUGAUCGCAGUGGUAUGAAUCUGAUGGUAGAAUUGGAGAAUUUUAUGCACGGUGUUAAUCUCGAGGGCGAUACAAGUCUACGAUACAAAGAUGAUAUAAUGAUCGACGGCAUCAACAUUGUCAAUGCGACCAUCGCUCUUCUAGACGCCCAAAAGAUCAAAUAUCCCGGUGGUCAGACCGUGCCUUUCUUCGCAGGCUGUCUGAGUCUAGGUGGCACACGCUCGGUCAACCAAUCCUUUGAGCAACCCGAUGGAAGGCCAGCUACCAACGUCAGCAUGCCGCCGGGCUGGCUCUGGGAGAACCAGUACACGGCUUCAAAUUCGUACGGCAUGCACAUCGGAUCAGUGAAGCCUUCCAUGUCCGGCUCUCUGUGGUUCGGUGGCUAUGAUCAGAACCGCGUCGUCGGGGAGAUUCUCAGCUUGACUGGAAGUCCUAGAGACGAAGGCAUCACGCUUUGGGAUGUUGCUAUUGAAGGUGUCGGGGAGUACUCUCCAUUCACGAACAAAUCCAAACAUGACCUUCUUGCUAAUGGGAACUCUUCCAUUAGUAGUGGUCUUAAAGUCACGGUGGAUGGUUGCUCCCCUUACCUCACCUUUCCUAAGUCUACUUGCGACAACAUCGCCGAGAAUCUCCCAGUCAACUUCGAUCAGGACCUUGGUCUUUAUCUCUGGGACACAAAAUCAGAGAAGUACGAGGAACUCAUCAAUUCCGCAACCGCCUUGACAUUCUCUUUCAUCUCCGCCUCCAAUACCGACCCCAUCAAGAUCCGCGUUUCAUUCAUGCACCUCAAUCUCACCCUGUCGGAGCCCAUUGUCGACAAUCCUGUACCCUACUUCCCUUGCCAUGUAAACGGCAAUGGAAGAUAUACUCUCGGCCGAGCGUUUCUCCAAGACGCCUUCAUCGGAGCAAACUGGCAUCCUGAUGCCAACACUUGGUGGUUAGCCCAAGCACCAGGCCCCAGAGUUCAAGCUACUUCAAAUGUGGUUUCCAUCAAAACCAAGGAAAAGACUAUCAUCAAGGGUGGAAACGAUUGGAAAGCUUCGUGGCGAGGGAUCUGGGAUGAUGAACAGCCACCAUCGAGUACUCCAACAAAAGAGGCCAGUCCAGCUACCACCACACCCGAGAAAGACGAGGAAGAGCAGACGCCCGUCAUGUCACUUCCCGCAAAGAUCGGAAUCGGCGUCGGCGCCGCUGCUGUCGUUAUGGCACUAGGUGCGGGUGUUUUCUUCCUAUGGCGCCGGCGCAAAAAUCAAGCCAAGCAGCCACAAGCACCACAAACCGCGUCCAUGGAGGAUAUAUACAAUAACUCAUUCGUCAAGUGGCCGCCAAGCGAUCUACCUCCCCAGGAGAUGCACGUGCCAGCAUACAAGUUACCGCCAUAUGAGAUGCCUGCGCACGAAAGGCGGUUAUACGAGAUGUAUGUUCAUGAGACGCAGCAGAAGCGGCCACUUACUGAGAGAUAUGAACUGCCUUGA